CCGGAACAAACUGUCAAGCUAAAUGUCAAAGUAUCAAUGGAAAUGUCAAAUCUGUAAACAAGAAUUUCGUGGAUGUUUGUUUUUUAACGGAAUCAUAUGUGAAAUAAACAAUAAAUAACAGUUUGUAUUGAGUAAGAAGUUUAUUGAAGUUAUUUUAGAUGACUCUUGGACGUAAAUACCAGCAAUCUUCCGGGAAUGCUGGGGAGGCUCGUAAGGUAUAUUCUAACCAGUCGAAGGUCGGGACUCUAUCUGGUUGCUCGUCUUCUGUAUCACUGUGCGACAUGAUUGAGCCACCUGACUAUGAGGAGGUGUGUGACCGGCUCAUGGGGGAGAAGGACCCCCUGGCCUACCCAGCUGUGGACAUGGAGCUCUGCAACGUGCCUCGCCGCAUCAGAACCAUCAACCAUAUCCUGCCUGAUGAAGAUCUCGCAAAAGCCCCGAUGUUUGUCCGCGACUGUAUCCGAUCCUACACGACGGACUACACGGUGGUGGAGUACAAGUACCGCGCGUACUCGGGCUCCGCUUGCGGCCGGGAGCGGCUCAGUGAGCGCCUGGAGCGCCUGCAGGCCGGCCCUAAGCACCAUUACGAGGUGGACGCCGAGCCAGCUAGUAUUGAGGAACAUCAGUCUGAAUCUCAACCAUCAAGCGGGCGCCAGUCAGUGGCGUCGAUGUCGUCCUCGUCCUCCUGCAACGAGACCCUCACUCCACGCGGCUCCUGGGCCAGUCUAGACCUUCGGAGCUCCUCCUCAGACCCACUUCUACCGGAUCUCUUUGAAAGGAAACCUCCGGAACAGAUUGAUGCUCUCAAUGAAGCUAGGAGAUUAGAAAACCGUCAAGCUGAUCUCCUAGGAUUAUACACUCCGUAUUUGGAUGAGGAGGAAGCGGUGGAACGGAGACUGGCGGCCGAGAUGCCGAGCGAGAUCAUGGGGCACAGGAUCUUGGUGGUCUGCCAUCAGCUCAAGCUGGAGCUAGACGUGGAGCCUCUGUUCGCGUCCAUGGCGGUGUACGACGCGAAGGAGAAGAAGAAACUGUCGGAGAACUUCUACUUCAACCUGAACUCGGAGUGCACGCGCCAGAUGUUGUCCGCGCACGUGGCGCACGCCGACCUGUCCACGCUCAGCCGCAGCGCCGUCUUCGACCUCGUCAACCCCUCGCCAGACAUGUUCCUCGUCGUCCGCGUCGAGAAAGUCCUCCAAGGCGAUGUCAAUGAGUGUGUUGAACCGUAUAUCAAGGACGAUAAGAACCGCGAGAAGGUCCGCGCGGGCGCGGCGGCGGCGUGCGGUCGACUGGGCAAGUACCGCAUGCCGCUGGCGUGGAGCGCGGUGUCGUUGCUGAACAUCCUCAGCGGGUCCAACAGCCUCGAGCGGGACCACGACAAGGACAGCCUCACGCCCGCCACCAAUACUAAUAGUCUCGACCGUAAAGCGUCCUCCAGCAGUUUGGAGCAGCUCCGUCGUCGUGCCGGCGAGGUGGGAGGCUCCCUCACUCGCAAGGGAUCCAUCGAGAGACGCGCGCCCACCCAUCAUGCAGACGACCUCGCCAACCAACUCGACUCAUUCAAACCCAUCGCUAUUACCGUCACUAGCUUCUUUAAACAGGAAACGGACAAACUCCGCGAUGAAGACCUGUACAAGUUCCUGGCUGAGAUAAAGCGGCCCAGCUCCGCGCCUAAGAAGCUCAAAUGCAUCCCCGGCACGUUGAAGAUAGAAGUGUCUCCUUGCCCUGAAGAGCUGAAGAAUGGACUCACGCCAGAGCUCGCGAAAUUACAUCCUUAUGGCGACGACAACGUGCGUCCGUGCAAGGAGAUCCUCCCGUUCCCGAGCCAGGCCCCGGCCGUGCCGCACUACCACUACCGCAGCCUGCUGUACCUGGCCGUCAAGGAGAUCAACCUCAACGCCUACACUAGCAGGACUGGAUCUGCGCGGAAUAUUACUGUCCGCAUCCAGUUGAUGUCAGGUGAGGGCGAAGGCUCGGCCCUGCCAGCUAUAUUCGGCCGCAGUUCCUGUCCAGAGUUCACCAACGAGGCGUACACCACCGUGCUCUACCAUAACAAGAACCCGUCUCUAUACGACGAGAUAAAGCUGAAGCUCCCAGCAGACCUGGGCGACCAGCAUCAUCUACUGUUCACGUUCCUGCACGUCUCCUGUCAGAGGAAGCCAGUCGCGCCUGACCAGGAGAAGAACCUCGAGACCCCUGUUGGAUACUCUUGGCUCCCUCUAUGCCGUAACGGCAAGCUAACGUGCGGUGACUUCAGCCUCCCAGUAAUGUUAGAGGAGCCUCCACCCAACUACUCGUACAUAUUCCCCGACGUACAACUGCCCGGGACGAGGUGGAUCGACAACCAUAAACCUAUAUUCAACAUCACGCUCGAUGCUCACACCACUGUACAUCCGCUGGACGGCUAUAUCGAGCGAUUUGCAAUGGCUUGCGAGGCAGUACAGGAAGGUAAUAUACCACCUCGUAUUGGACUCGCCAACAUGGAAGCCGAGCUGCGGGCCAGUAUAUCGGAGCUGCCGACGGCGAGCGUGGAGGUGGUGGCGCGCUACCUGGCCGUGCUGCUGGACAAGCUGCUGCACCUGCUGCUGGCGCCGCCCGCCCUCGCGGGACACGCGCUCAACAUCGCGCAGGACGUCUUCACCUGCCUCGCGCAUAUAUUCACCGACAUAUCGAACAUGAACGAAGGUGCAACCUGUGACAACCACGGCCGCAGUAGUCUGAUCAGCACCUACAUCCAGUACCAGUGCACCAUACCUCGACCCUCACUCACUGACAGAGACAUCGGCCUGCCACUGCCCCCUGCAGUAAUGACGGACGGGUCUUGUAAGAUCUUGCACGAGGAGCUAGCGUUGCAGUGGGUGGUGGCUUCCGGAGCCACCAGGGACCUCGCCAUGCAGAACUCUUGGGCCCUAUUCGAGCUGAUGGUGAAAUCGAUGGUAGAAUACUUGUACUGGAGCGGCGCUCACGAGGCGAGGCGCAAGGCUCGCUUCCCCGACCAGUUUACUGAUGACCUCACCACGCUCGUCAAUAAUGUUACCACGGAGAUCAUCUCAAGAUACGGCAAGGACAGUCGCCUCACCCAGAGCCUGAACAACAGCCUGGCAUUCUUUCUGUUUGAACUGCUAAGUAUAAUGGACCGCGGCUACGUCUUCAACCUGAUUCGAACCUACUACAAGCAGAUGUGCGCUAAGAUAGCCUCGUUGCCUGACGCUGUGCCCCUUGUUCACUAUAAGCUGGCGUUCCUGCGCAUCGUAUGUUCGCACGAGCACUACGUGUCGCUGAACCUGCCGGCGGGCGCGGGCGGCGUGUCCCCGGCCGCGUCGGCGCAGUCGCUGGGCUCGCAGUCCAGCGCGCCGCCGCGACACGCGCUCGGACACGAGUUCCGCUCGCGGCACUACCUGGCCGGCCUCCUGCUCACCGAGCUCACCAACGCUUUGGACAUGCAGUCUCCAGUUCUCCAAUGUGCAGCAGUGACAGGUGUACUAUCCCUCCUGACUGCCCAUGACGCCGACCCUCGACUGUCCGCGCCGGACGUGAAGGCUCGCGUGGCAGCGUUAUACCUGCCGCUACUAGGCAUCGCCAUGGAUGCUCAUCCACAGCUGUAUAGGGGAUUCUCUACUAACAAAGAGGUACUACAACUGGACAGUGAAAUAGGACAGUUCAGUAAUUUGUAUACAGCGUCAUCUCCAGAGGGCGAUUUUAAACAGGCGAUUUACGAUGAGCGUGGUCCCCAGGGCGGGCGGGCGCCGUUCAACAGCGAGACGAGCCGCAACCUGGUGAUGUGCGUGGUGUGGGUGCUGAAGUGGGCCGAGCGCGCCGCGCUGGCCGCCACCGUCGCCGACCUCCCCCCGCACGCGCUGCACGCGCUGCUCGCGCUCAUCGACCUCGCCUUCCGCUGCCACGAGUACAAGGGUCGUAAAGAAAUACUGAAGUGCGCACAACAGAACGUGCGCAAGACGACGGACAUCAAGGCGAAGCUGGAGGACGUUAUACUGGGACAGGGGUCCGCUCGGAACGACUUCAUUAUGAGGAGGAAAGGGGCGUGCCGGCGCGAGCGGUGGCGCAAGGAGCAGUGGCGGGGCGGCGGGCGCGCGGAGGGGGGCGCCCCGCCCGCGCCGCAGCCCGCGCUGGCCGCCGCGCUCGCCGCCGAGGUCUCGCUCACGCUGCUGCAAGCGCUGGAUACCAUUGUGCAGUCGUGUAGCAGCCUGGAGUGUGGGCAGGCAGUAUGUAGCGCCGCCCUGCAGGUAUUACUACGCGCACUACAACGCAACCAGAGCGGCGCCGUGCUGCAACAUAUGUUCGCCACGCUCAGGGCGCUGAUAGUCAAGCUUGGUUGGUCGUGUUGCGGCGAGGAGUCAGGUAUCUGCCGCGUCCUGCUGCGGCACUGCGCCGCGCUGUCCGCGUGUACCAGGGCGCAUGCCUCCGCCACGCUCUACGCACUCAUGCGACAACAUUACCAGCUUGGGAACAAUUUUAGCCGCGUAAAGAUGCAAGUGACAAUGUCCCUGUCCUCCCUGGUGGGCACGUCCACCACCUUCAGCGAGGAGUCGCUGCGACGAGCGCUGAAGACUAUACUCGUGUACGCUGAGCAUGACUCCGAUCUAGCUGAUACUACGUUCCCGGAACAGGUGAAAGACCUAGUGUUCAACCUGCACAUGAUCCUAUCGGAUACGGUGAAGAUGAAGGAGUUCCAAGAAGACCCGGAGAUGUUGCUGGACCUCAUGCAUCGCAUAGCGCGCGGGUACCAACAUAGUCCGGACCUCAGGCUCACAUGGCUCAAUAAUAUGGCACAGAAACAUAUGGAGCGCUCGAACCACACGGAGGCGGGCAUGUGCCUCGUGCACGGCGCGGCGCUGGCGGCCGAGCAGACGCAGGCGGGCGGCCGCGGGGCCGCGCUACUCGCCUCCGUCACGCACAACGCGCUCGACGAGAGCUGCGCCGACGCCCUGCACCACCAUCUCACGCAUCUCGAACUGCAGGUACGUCACUCAGUCUACCGACACAUACAGACGCAGGCGGGCGGCCGCGGGGCCGCGCUACUCGCCUCCGUCACGCACAACGCGCUCGACGAGAGCUGCGCCGACGCCCUGCACCACCAUCUCACGCAUCUCGAACUGCAGGUACGUCACUCAGUCUACCGACACAUACAGACGCAGGCGGGCGGCCGCGGGGCCGCGCUACUCGCCUCCGUCACGCACAACGCGCUCGACGAGAGCUGCGCCGACGCCCUGCACCACCAUCUCACGCAUCUCGAACUGCAGGUACGUCACUCAGUCUACCGACACAUACAGACGCAGGCGGGCGGCCGCGGGGCCGCGCUACUCGCCUCCGUCACGCACAACGCGCUCGACGAGAGCUGCGCCGACGCCCUGCACCACCAUCUCACGCAUCUCGAACUGCAGGUACGUCACUCAGUCUACCGACACAUACAGACGCAGGCGGGCGGCCGCGGGGCCGCGCUACUCGCCUCCGUCACGCACAACGCGCUCGACGAGAGCUGCGCCGACGCCCUGCACCACCAUCUCACGCAUCUCGAACUGCAGGUACGUCACUCAGUCUACCGACACAUACAGACGCAGGCGGGCGGCCGCGGGGCCGCGCUACUCGCCUCCGUCACGCACAACGCGCUCGACGAGAGCUGCGCCGACGCCCUGCACCACCAUCUCACGCAUCUCGAACUGCAGGUACGUCACUCAGUCUACCGACACAUACAGACGCAGGCGGGCGGCCGCGGGGCCGCGCUACUCGCCUCCGUCACGCACAACGCGCUCGACGAGAGCUGCGCCGACGCCCUGCACCACCAUCUCACGCAUCUCGAACUGCAGGUACGUCACUCAGUCUACCGACACAUACAGACGCAGGCGGGCGGCCGCGGGGCCGCGCUACUCGCCUCCGUCACGCACAACGCGCUCGACGAGAGCUGCGCCGACGCCCUGCACCACCAUCUCACGCAUCUCGAACUGCAGGUACGUCACUCAGUCUACCGACACAUACAGACGCAGGCGGGCGGCCGCGGGGCCGCGCUACUCGCCUCCGUCACGCACAACGCGCUCGACGAGAGCUGCGCCGACGCCCUGCACCACCAUCUCACGCAUCUCGAACUGCAGGUACGUCACUCAGUCUACCGACACAUACAGACGCAGGCGGGCGGCCGCGGGGCCGCGCUACUCGCCUCCGUCACGCACAACGCGCUCGACGAGAGCUGCGCCGACGCCCUGCACCACCAUCUCACGCAUCUCGAACUGCAGGUACGUCACUCAGUCUACCGACACAUACAGACGCAGGCGGGCGGCCGCGGGGCCGCGCUACUCGCCUCCGUCACGCACAACGCGCUCGACGAGAGCUGCGCCGACGCCCUGCACCACCAUCUCACGCAUCUCGAACUGCAGGUACGUCACUCAGUCUACCGACACAUACAGACGCAGGCGGGCGGCCGCGGGGCCGCGCUACUCGCCUCCGUCACGCACAACGCGCUCGACGAGAGCUGCGCCGACGCCCUGCACCACCAUCUCACGCAUCUCGAACUGCAGGUACGUCACUCAGUCUACCGACACAUACAGACGCAGGCGGGCGGCCGCGGGGCCGCGCUACUCGCCUCCGUCACGCACAACGCGCUCGACGAGAGCUGCGCCGACGCCCUGCACCACCAUCUCACGCAUCUCGAACUGCAGGUACGUCACUCAGUCUACCGACACAUACAGACGCAGGCGGGCGGCCGCGGGGCCGCGCUACUCGCCUCCGUCACGCACAACGCGCUCGACGAGAGCUGCGCCGACGCCCUGCACCACCAUCUCACGCAUCUCGAACUGCAGGUACGUCACUCAGUCUACCGACACAUACAGACGCAGGCGGGCGGCCGCGGGGCCGCGCUACUCGCCUCCGUCACGCACAACGCGCUCGACGAGAGCUGCGCCGACGCCCUGCACCACCAUCUCACGCAUCUCGAACUGCAGGUACGUCACUCAGUCUACCGACACAUACAGACGCAGGCGGGCGGCCGCGGGGCCGCGCUACUCGCCUCCGUCACGCACAACGCGCUCGACGAGAGCUGCGCCGACGCCCUGCACCACCAUCUCACGCAUCUCGAACUGCAGGUACGUCACUCAGUCUACCGACACAUACAGACGCAGGCGGGCGGCCGCGGGGCCGCGCUACUCGCCUCCGUCACGCACAACGCGCUCGACGAGAGCUGCGCCGACGCCCUGCACCACCAUCUCACGCAUCUCGAACUGCAGGUACGUCACUCAGUCUACCGACACAUACAGACGCAGGCGGGCGGCCGCGGGGCCGCGCUACUCGCCUCCGUCACGCACAACGCGCUCGACGAGAGCUGCGCCGACGCCCUGCACCACCAUCUCACGCAUCUCGAACUGCAGGUACGUCACUCAGUCUACCGACACAUACAGACGCAGGCGGGCGGCCGCGGGGCCGCGCUACUCGCCUCCGUCACGCACGGCGUACUAUUGGUGUAUUGGUUGAUUCGUGAUUUAGACUCGGAUUGGUUCUACGUGACUUUAUUUUAA